AUGAGUUGGAUGGACUCGUGGUCUCGCCCCAGCAAAUCGCAAGCGACGCCGGCACCCUUCUACCUCCUCCCCAACGGCGACGCGACUCCAUACUGCCGCACCUGCGGCCGCGUCAUCUCCAGCCGCAAAACCACAACCGCGUCGUCCAAAUCAGGCAAGCCCGAGGCAUCAAAGCCCGCCGAAGCAAAGUACUGCUCGUCCCGGUGUCGAGCCAAGAAGCCAAGUCGCCUAGACAGGGAGAUUGAGCAGGUCUUUGUCCGGUUUCUGCAGGGCGAGGAGGAGAUGCAAGGGCCUGCGAAACCGAAAAAGGUCAAGGGCGACAUACGGAUCCUCGUCCCCUGCGACGUUGUCGAAGAAAAGGUCUUUGGCGAGAGAAAGGCACCAGACAAGGUCUACGGGAGGGGAAAGAAUCGCGCCUCGCGAGUCAUCGUCGCAAAGGAAGGGUCAGAUGACGACGACGACGAAGCAAUCGAUAUCCGGGAACGCGGCCGCCACUACGAGGAGGAUCCGGGCGAGGAUAUUAUUGACGAGAUGCUCGGCCUCGACCGCAGCAGGUCGGCGGAGCUCGACCCCAGCGUGCAGGCUGGCCUCUCGGUGCGCAGCGGGACGCGCGUGCGGCCGCCGCAGACGCAGAGCCAGGUCAACGGCAGCGUCGGCGGGGAGAAGGGGCGGGCGGAGAGGAUCGAGGAGACGGACGAGAUGCGUGAGAAGAGGGCCGAGGGGCAGAGGAAGGCGCAUGAGAGGGAGAUGGUGAGGUGUGCUGCGAGGCGGGGUGUGGUUUUUGGAUUCCUUGUGGGCGGCGGCGGCGACGCAGAGGAGAGGAGGAAAUGUGAGGCUGUUAGGCAGGGCAAGGUUGUCGAGCCUAGUUUUGCAAAGGGGGAUUGGUCCAUCCGAUGGAGGGACGACUAG